CAACAAAGUAUUUGUCAAUACAUAUCAUCCGCAUUCUAUAAAUGAUGAAGUACUUAUAAAGUACACACGAAGUUGAAGUGUCAUUCUUGUGUUAUUAAAUAUUGACAUUUAUAACCAGUUAUUUUCCUUCACAACUGUUUAACUACAGAAAUAGUUUUGAAUUUAAUAAAAAAAAAAGGCAGAGACGUAGCUUGAGAUACUAUUUGAUUGGAUGUCUUCGUUGACGCUUUGGCCUCAUCCUCGGCAAAGGUAAAUACGAACAGAAUUUUGGGGAACUAACUCUAAAACUUCCCAUGUUGCAGUUCAUUUACGUCGCACUAGAAUUGCACAAUGGGCUAUAAAAACUUCCCAUGAUCCGUCUACCACUAAGGAUAUUUUAACUUUAGCUCUGUGGUCAGCGUAAGCCGGAAUGACAAACUGUAUAGCUAGAGAAAUAUGUUUAUUCGCAGCCUUUGUUUCUUUAUUAGAACAUCUUUUUUAAGAUAAAAAGGAUUAUUAUUUGUGAAAAUAUUUCAACUUGCUGACCAGGUGUUUGUGAAAUGUUUGAAAAUAUUCUCCCGUAAAUGUUCAACGGCACCAUUUUACUUCUUGAUUAAGAAUAACUACUACCAUUGACGUAUUAAAAAUGAAUGUACUUUCUAGACGCCUGCGUGAGAAUAAGCCACAACAUUUUAUUUGAAUGCGUUAAAAUUAUGCAGUGAGGAUGAUUCCCAACAAACUGAGAGUGGCUGUGUUGACGAUACGGCAUAUCGUCGAGGUGAACACGAGUGAUACGAGAAGGUUGACAUUCACCGGAGGGGUGCAGGCAAAUCUCAUCCACGCUCUUUCCGUCGCACUGGGAUUCGCUUAUGAGAUAGUCAUUCCAGACGACAGAGAAUGGGGUCGACUGGACGAAAACAAUCACUGGACAGGAAUCGUCGGCAUGGUCUUUCGAAACGAAGCCGACCUUGCCAUCGGUCACCUCACCAUGACACCCAAAAGAAUGCGUGCCGUGGAUUUUCUUCCCUUCACGAUCGAAGAGAACACUUUUGUGACCAGGUUGCCUCGCGAGCGAACAAAAGCUGGUUCUUACCUGCAACCGUUCACUUUAGGAGUUUGGAUUGCGUCUACGGUGACCACUUUCAUCAUGCCCUUCCUGUUCGGAUACUUGAUGAAAAAAAACGUUCGGUUGCUGAGGCUGUUCCUGGGUAUGUUCGGAUGUUUUGUCCAGCAAGCGCUGCCGUUUGUGGUCAGUGCCAACAUAGACAGAAUACUUCUGGGCAGCUGGUUCAUCUUUGCUGCUGUACUCUCCUCUUCUUACAACGCUGUACUUUUGUCGUCUCUUACAGUCCCCAUACAAGAAAAAGGAGUGCAGAACAUUAAAGAACUAGCUGAUGCCGUUUCGAGUGGCACAUUUAAGGUACUGGCCACGAAGGGAUCGACGGAUAAGGAAACACUGACCGAAAGUACGGACGAGAACUUGAGGCUGAUCGGAAGGAGCAUCAUCGAAACAGAAUGGCAGUCUUCUUCUAAGCAGGUGGUGGCACCGGCGGACAUCGCCGAAAACACGGCUAUUAUCGGACCGAAGUUCUUUUACCUCCUGGAAUAUGGGGUGGCCCCUCACACGAACAAACGCAUUUUCGAAGAAUCCAUCGAAACCUGGAAUGUCGCCAUCGCUGUCAGGAAAGACUUUUGUUGCAAGAAGGCGUUUAUGAAGUACAUCUCGAGGAUCAUGAAUUGCGGAAUAUAUCACAAAUUCUACAGAAACGAACUCUCCCGCAGCCAGAAGAGUUUUAAUUCCAGCAAUUAUUCUAAACACCGCAGCGGUCCAUUGUCUUUCAGUGAUAUGUUGGGAGCGUUUCUACUCCUCCCGGCUGGAUACAUACUCGCUCUGGUCAGCUAUUUUAUUGAAUUUCAGGUGUAUAUGAGAUUUCGACGACGCAAGAAACGUAAGAAUCGCCAACUGCACUAUCCAUGGCCUGAAAAAUAUAAGUACUAAAAAUUAAUAGACUUCGUGUUUUUUUUUAACGUACACUCUUUCUUAAAAUGCAUUUAUAGUAAUUUGUAACGUGCCUUUCCCACAGAACUUAAACCAUUCCACACACACAAUCUAACAAUUAGUUAAAAAAAAACACGU